ACACCUCCAAGCUCUGGAUUUGGGCUUUUUUGUCCAUGGGUGCAGCACCCACACUCAGCUCGUGAGCUUCCUCCUGGGAGAGCAGCCAUGGCCCUGAGGAAUGUUCCCUUUCGCUCAGAAGUCCUGACCUGGGACUCCGACAGCCUUGCUGACUAUUUCAAGAAGCUGAGCUACAGGGACUGUGAGAAGGCAGUGAAGAAGUACCACAUAGACGGGGCUCGGUUUUUGAACCUGACAGAAAAUGACAUCCAGAAGUUCCCCAAGCUCCGGGUGCCGAUUCUCAGUAAGUUAAGUCAAGAAAUCAACAGGAAUGAAGAAAGGAGGAGCAUUUUCACACGCAAACCCCAGGUGCAGCGGUUUCCAGAAGAGACAGAAAGCCAUGAAGAAGACAAUGGGGGCUGGUCAUCCUUUGAAGAUGACUAUGAAAGUCCCAAUGACGAUCAGGAUGGGGAGGAUGAUGGUGACUAUGAGUCCCCCAAUGAGGAGGAAGAGGCGCCUGUGGAAGACGAUGCUGAUUAUGAGCCGCCACCCUCCAACGACGAGGAAGCUCUGCAGAACUCCAUCCUGCCUGCCAAGCCUUUCCCCAACACCAACUCCAUGUACAUCGACCGGCCCCUCUCCGGAAAAGCCCCCCAGCAGCCUCCUGUGCCCCCCCAGAGACCGAUGGCUGCCCUCCCUCCCCCGCCGGUGGGCCGGAGCCCCUCGCCACUACCCCCUCCUCAGCCCAACCAUGAAGAGCCUAGCAGAAGUAGAAAUCACAAAACAGCAAAGCUCCCUGCUCCUUCAAUAGACAGAAGCACGAAACCUCCCCUAGAUCGUUCAUUAGCUCCGUUUGACAGAGAGCCCUUUGCACUAGGAAAGAAACCGGCGUUUUCUGACAAGCCCUCGAUUCCAGCAAUUCCAGUGGGAAGGCCUCUUGGGGAGCAUUUACCCAAGAUACAAAAGCCUCCUUUACCACCAACCACAGAAAGACAUGAAAGAAGUAGCCCCCUGCCAGGGAAGAAGCCACCUGUGCCAAAGCACGGAUGGGGAUCAGACAGAAGAGAGAAUGAUGAAGAUGAUGUGCAUCAAAGACCUUUGCCCCAGCCAGCACUACUUUCUAUGAGCUCCAAUACUUUCCCUUCAAGAUCUACCAAGCCAAGCCCCAAGCACUCUCUCCCUUCAUCUCACAUGCCUGGAGCAUUCUCAGAAAGUAACAGUUUUCCACAGAGCGCCUCCCUGCCGCCAUACUUCUCUCAAGGCCCUACCAACAGACCACUUCUCAGAGCUGAAGGCAGAAACUUUCCCCUGCCAGUUCCAAGCAAACCUCCACCACCGUCCCCUGGGGAAGAAGAGAAUUCAUUAAAUGAAGAGUGGUACGUUUCUUACAUUACCCGACCAGAGGCAGAAGCUGCUCUUAGAAAGAUAAAUCAGGAUGGCACUUUUCUGGUUAGAGACAGCUCUAAAAAAACAGUAACCAAUCCAUAUGUCCUCAUGGUGUUGUACAAAGAUAAAGUUUACAACAUCCAGAUCCGUUAUCAGGAGGAAAGUCAAGUUUACUUGUUGGGAACUGGACUUCGAGGGAAAGAGGACUUUUUGUCUGUGUCAGAUAUCAUCGACUACUUCAGGAAAAUGCCACUUCUGCUCAUUGAUGGGAAAAACCGAGGUUCCAGAUACCAGUGCACACUAACACAUGCAGCAGGGUAUCCAUAGCAAGUUAGCCAAGCAAAUGAACCUUCUUCCUGCCUCUGUUGCCAACAUGGGAAGAUCGAUCAACAUUGGUGAACGGACAAACACUUAGACUGAAUCCAACCCCUCAACAUGAACACUGUUUUUUUUUUUUUUUCUUUUCCUUUAAAAACUGUGUUUGAAAUGAAGACUGUCAGUUAUCCCAUAAUUUAUUUAUUCUUCUUCAAUGUUUGUAAAGUGCAUGAGUAAUAAUGUUCCCACUUGAAGAUUAAUAGUGCAGUGUAAUAAUUCAUUUUUUUAAAGUGUAUUUUUUGAAUACCCAUUUCAAAGUACAGUAGUUUAUACAGCUAUAGAAAUAAUUUGUCCCUAGUUUAAAAACACUGAAACAGUAAGUUUUUGGUAUCACAUAAAACUGAUAUUUUUAAUAGCCAAACCUUUGUCAGAGUCAAUCAUCAGUUUUAUACAUAUAAUUUGAAAAUUACAGCAAUAAUUUAAGAAGCUUCAAAA